UCCGACUGCACUGCACUGCUCAAAAGGUACAACUCCGAUAUAGUCGUUUCGGCACUCUCAUUGACGUUACAAAAAUUCCUCACUUUGUGGGCUUAUUUUCACGGACAGAUUUAGGGCAGAGUAAAACCUCUCGCUUCCUCUCUGGCCCAAUUUUGCAGUACGUUGCGCCGGAUGUCAUACAUUUCAAUAGGGACCGUCCGCAUCGCAGCAGCACCUUCCGCCCGAAGGCUCCUUGCGAAACGAAUGCUGCAUACUUUGAAUUUUGACAAACUCUGCGACUUCAGUCCGGCCAGAGUCCAUUGUAGAACAGGAAGUUACCAAACCACAGAAGAGGAAAAUAUUUGGUUUUCGGCAAUUGGUUAAUGGGAUAGCUAGCAAAUUGUAAACAAUUAGCCAUUCCUUGACUUGCUAAAAAGUUAUAGAAACAAGUUGAGGAAAAAUAAUCAAAACGAAACAUGUUUUAUUGUCACCUGAAAUAAUGUUUCUCCUGUUUUGAAUGAAAAUGUCAUAUUUUGCGAUCUCUGACGAAAACGGUCUCUCCUCCAUUUUGCGGUACAAACAAACGGUCACUACACUUCUCCGUCCAGUAGCGGGGCAAGACUCAGUGAAAAGGACGAAUGGCCAAUGGAAUAACGUUCGUUAGAUGGAAUCUAACUUGUUUCCUUGGCUUCAAAUGCGUUAUACCGUGUGCAGACUUUCAACUAGUCACUCCUGCCGUUCCCCCUGAGCAGCAGAACUGUGAGCAGGACUGGAGCCCCAGUCUAGAGCAGGAGGACCCAGAACCCACACAGAUUAAAGAGGAACAACAGGAGCUCAGACUCAGUCAGGAGGACCCACCUCAGCCCUCACAUCUUUACCUAAACCAAACUGUGGAUGAUGGAGAGAGGAACGCUCUACCUAUCAUCAUAACUGAAGAGAUCAGAACAGAACCUGAUGUAGAGGGCUACAGAGUACCACAACCAACCAGUGAUCAGCCUCUCUCAGUUCAUCCAGACUGCUCUGCUGCAGUGGAGAAACUAUAUCAGUGUAGACUAUGUGGCAAAAGCUUUACACAUAAGGGAAACUUAACCUUGCAUUUAAAGAUACACACAGGAGAGAAACCUUAUCUGUGCAAACAGUGUGGCAAAAGCUUCAACCAGAAACGCGACUUGACCAUCCAUACAAGGAUACACACAGGAGAGAAUCCCUAUGAGUGCAAACAAUGUGGAAAAAUGUUUAACCAGAAGGGACACUUGACCGUUCAUUCAAGGAUACAUACAGGGGAGAGACCAUAUCAGUGCAAAGACUGUGACAAAGCCUUCAACCAGAAGAUAGAAUUGACAUUGCAUAUGAGAGCUCAUACAGGGGAGAGACCAUAUAUCUGUCCUGUAUGCAGGAAAGGUUACAUCGCAUUAAGCUAUUUAAGACUUCAUCAGCGUGUUCACAAAGGGGAGAAAUCUUACCAGUGCAAAGAAUGUGACAAAUGCUUUGGUUAUAAACAUCGCCUAACAUCACAUAUGAGCACUCAUACUAAAGGGCAUAAAUGAUAUUACUACACUGAGUGCAAUAAUACCCUGAAAUGAAAACAACAAAUUAAUAUUUUGUCAUUGUGAAUUUCUUAAUACGUCCAACUUCUGAAUAAUUAUGUUCUGUUUUCUGACAAUUAACAACAGAACAAACUGAGUAAUGUGUGUUGAGGGGAAAUCACCAGUCAGUAUCAGAUUGGUAAACUGAAUCUAGCUCUCACUUUCAGGGACCUAUCCUCCAGGACACUGCUGGCUUCAGGAUGUCCUCACCGCUGUAUCUAGCAGAGCACACACUUUUCUAAACAACAGGAGUUCCUAUUCAAUUGUUUAAUAAUGACAUACAGGAUAUCUUCUAUCUGUACUGAUGGCUGCAUGUUAGAAUAUUGAAGUAGCCUAUUACAUUUUUGUUGACAAUCUAUAUAAUGCAGCAAAUCAUUUGUUUAAAUAAAGUCAUUUUUUCAA